AUGGCGCCCAAGAAAAGUAAGGGCAAGGGCGCGGCCAAGAAUGACGGAGGGAAGGAGGCGGGCAAGGGAGCAGCAAAGGACGUUGGAGGGAAGGGGGCGCCGGAGAGCGAGUUGGUGGAGCUGCAGAUGCAGUACACCCUCUUCACCUCGACGGUCGACGCGCUCCUCCUCAAGGAGAAGUUCAGGCCCCUGUGGGGAAGGGAGACGUUGGGGCAUCCUGCCACGCACAUCGUUCCUGCCUCCUAUGCCGAGACCGACCCUCCCUCAACGGACCAGGAAGACAUCGACACUGUUGUCGAGGAGGUCGCCAAGGACGCCGAAGCGGAGGCCGCCAAGAUCGCGGCCAGGGAGGCCGCCAAGUCCGCCGCCGAGGAAGCCGCCAAGGGGCCUGCCGGGGGAGCCGCCAAGGCUGCUGCCAAGGAGACCGGCAAGGGGCCUGCCGGGGGGACCGGCAAGGGUGCUGCCGAGGAAGCCGGCAAGAAUGCUGCCGAGGAGACCGCCAAGGAGACUGCCGGGGAGGGGGUGGUCGACGACCAACCUUCCUCCUCCGCAACCCCCUCCCCAGGCAAGUACUUGAAGGUGGGCGACGAUCUGUUCGUCCGCCUCCCAGGGACGGCAGACACCAGAGCGCCGGCCGAGGGGGAGGUCUUUGAUGAUGAGGCGCUCGCCACUGCUGGGCUUCAGGUUGUCGAUGAACCGAGCGCCAGCAGCGGCGGUUUCCAAGAAGAGCAGCUCCUCCGGGCCAUGAGCGCCAACUUCCAAAGGCUUCAGACGCUCCACCGUGCCCGCCAAGACAAGGUGAACUCCAGGAUGGCGGCCGUGGACAAGGCGGAGGCGAAUUUUCAGGAGCACAUCGCUCAGACGCAAGUCUGGUUUGGCGAGGCCCGGGAUGAACUGAGGGCCGCCCAGGGUGAACUGGAUGAGCGCAAGCGAGAGCUCCUCCUGAAGCGAGCCGACAUCGAGAAGGAGCUGGAGCAGAAGCACAAGGACGCACUUGAUGCUCUGGCCCUGGACCACACCGGCAAGGUGGAGAAGCUGGAGCUAGAGCGGGAGGAGCUAAAGAAGGAGAUCUCAAGGCUGACGGAGGAGAGGGACGCGAUUAACCGCGCCCUGGCGGACUCGCAUGUCACCAUCUCCGACAAGGCCAAGUUACUCUCCAAGGCCAACGACUCCAUCAACGAUCUGAAGCUGAAACUGGACGGGUUGGAAGGGACGCUUUCGGAGGUCAGGGCCCGCGAGGAGACCCUGAACAAGGCCCUUGAGAGCGAGAAGCAGCUGCGGAAGGAUGACGCCGCUGCCCACAAGGACUAUGUGGACAGCGUGAACCUCUGGAUCGGCCGCCUCAUCGACGUUGCAGGAAAGCUCAUCGCGCAACUAGCCGUCAUGGGCAUGCCGGACGUCAGGUACUCCCAAGAGGCGAACAUAAGCCCCAAGGCUAGGCUGACUUUGUUCUUCAAGCGCAUCCUCGACGCCCUGGAGCAGCUCCACUCCAAUCGAGCAACUUAUCUGGCCAAUGAGGCCUGGAGGCUCUGCCGAGGCGCCCUGACCAAGGUCCUCACCAAGGUGGCGUUCUGGAACCCCAGUGUCCACUUCGCCAACACGCUGGAGAGCUUGCCGGAGGAUGCGGACCUCAUGGUGCUCGAAGACAGUUUUAUCAUCCGCUGCGGACCUCAUCGAGCCCAUCAUCAUCCGCUGCGAGUUCAUGAGCAGGACAGUUUUAUCUUAAGUUAG